AGCGGCGCGGAGCGGCCGCGACCAUGCUGCGGCGCCAGGCCCGGGAGCGCCGGGAGUACCUGCAGCGCCGGGCGAGGGAGCAGCAGCAGCAGCGGCAGCGGGAGCGCAGGGAGAGCCUGCGGAGAGCGCUGGACGAGAACCGGCUGCUGCCCACGGAGCUGCGGCACGAGGCGCUGGCCCUGCAGAAGGAGCUCGAGUUCGACUUCGAGGCACCGGGGGGAACAGGUGACAGCCAGGAUGACGAGUACAGGUGGGCGGGGCUGGAGCCCCCCAAGGUGAUGGUGACGACGUCACGGGACCCCAGCGCCCGCCUGCGGCUCUUCGCCAAGGAGCUGUGCCUGCUGCUGCCGGGGGCGCGCCGGAUGAACCGCGGCCGCNNNNUUUUUGGGGCCAUUUUGGGGGGCUGGGGGGGCGAUUUGGGGGGGUUCAGCCCGAGGGGGUGUGUCCUGAUGAAGCCCCCUCCCCCAGACGGGCUGACCGUGUCCCACCUGCCCCACGGGCCCACCGCCCACUUCACCCUGAGCGGCGCCGUGCUGCGCCAGGAGGUCGGGGGGCUCGGGGGGGCACCCCCUCCUUGUCCCCACCCCUGUCCCCCGUAGGUUGGGACCAUCCUCAAGCACCUGUUCCCCGUUCCCCGUCCCGACAGCCGCCGCGUGGUGACCUUCGCCAACGAGGACGACGUCAUCCUCGUGCGGAACCACGUGUACCGGCGCCGGGGGCGGACGGUGGAGCUGGAGGAGGUCGGACCCCGUUUCCAGCUGAGGCCCUACCUGAUCCGCCUGGGGACCCUGGAGCAGGGAGAGGCGGCCGACGUCGAGUGGCGCUGGCACCCGUACACGGCCACGGCCCCCAAGCGCCGCCUGCUGAGCGCCACCUGAGCCCCCCCAGCACCUGGAGAGACCCCCCAGCACCUGGAGAGACCCCUGAACACCUGGAGAACCCCUGAACACCUGGAGAGACCCCUGAGCACCUGGAGAGACCCCCCAACACCUGGAGA